CGCACAGAUAGUCGGUCGAAAGCAGCUCCAGACGCGAUCAGUACGUUUUGAGUUGUGCUUCGCGACGGUUGGUGAUCUUAAAAGUGCUCCGAACACGAACAACAGUGCCCGCAGUCUCUCGGUUUUGGUGUUAUUUUUUGUGGCUCUGCAUCUGUAUCUGUAUCUGUAACUGUAUCUGUAUCUCGAUCGGCUCCAACCCGCUGCAUCCGUAACUCUCUCCGCCCCCCUCCCAGUGUGUGUGUGUGAGUGAGAGUGCUAAGCUUUUUGCUCGCACGUCUAACGGUUGCCAAAGUGUGCGUAUCGCUGCCUUAACUUGAACUAUGGGUCGCAUGUUCGUGUGCGUCUAAUAAAUAUAUUUAAAAAUAAGCAUUUCGACAUACCGUCGUGGAAAUUAUGUGACACACACCACAACCAAAUAUACCAGAUCCCAACAAGCACGUCCCAUUCAUUCGCGCGUUAAUAUUAAAAAGCCAUCCGAGUGCCAAAAGCAACGAAGCGAGCAAUAAUUGUGAUUAAUAACAACGAAACAAACGAAUUUCGACCGCAAAUUAGCCGCAUAAGGCCAUUCAAAUAGCAAUAGUCCAGCCAGGUGCACUCACUCACGGCACCCAAACGGUGAUUACCUCAUCUGUGUCAGCGCUCCGCCAGCAAAAUGGUAUCAAAGAGCAAUAAAAAGAAACAAGUGUCUCAGCAGCAGCAGUCGUCGACGUCGCCGCCGCCGCCGCCGCCAGCCACAUCGACCACAACAUCAACGUCGUCGGCCGAGGCCACGAAGCUUACCAAAAAACUGGGUCCCGAUGCGUUCGCCACUCUGACCACCAGCAACAGCUCCAGUUCCAUGCAGCACGAAUCGGUGACGUACGUUGGUGAUCCUGUCGGGCCGAGCACUUCGGGUGCUUCUCUGCCAGCGGCUGGAGUGAGGAGCUACAGCAGCCGCAGCCAGAGCAAGAGCAAGGCAUCCCAGUCGCAUUCCUCCUACACAGAGCAAUCUCAGUCCCAGCUGCAGUCCGAGCAGUACAGCAGCAAGAUCUCGCGGGAUUAUGCCAAUCAGAAGAUCAUCUCAUCGAUUGAUCUGCUCGAAAGUGAAAAGAAGGAGCCAGUAUUCUCGGUGCCCAUCGAUGUGGUGGAGAUCACAACGCCCACGCUAUCCGUCUCCGCCAGCGGGGGCAGUGUCUCGAAAAUGUUCACGUCCUCGUCGAUGUCUUCCAGCCAGCAGCAGCAGCAGGCCAGUAGCUCCAGCUCGUACUUUGAAGCCACAACCAGUUCCAGUCGGAGCGCCAACGAAACGCUGAUUGCCAGCGAGAGAGCCGACACGGCUACCGGUAUGACAUCAUCGGGGCCGAGGAAACAGGUUGGCUUCGAUACAAACACCAAGACAGUGACAAACGCCACCACCAGCAACAGCAGCAAUAUCAACAGCAGCAGCACAAGCACAAACAUCAACAUCAACACCAGCGGCAGCCGCAGCAGCAAUGUGAGCGAAUCUCAGAGCGUGCCAAAGCUGCCAAUGAGCGGAACAGCUGAUGCUCCCGCAUCGGUGACGUCGCAAGGCUACCCCGAACCGGUUGCCGUGUCGUCUGGCGCGACCACAACAAAGGCGACGUCAUCGACGCGACGCAACGAUAAACUGGACGUGGCCAGUGCUAGCACAGCUGUUGAUAGAGCUACGUCAUCGUCGUCGAUGGUCGACCAGAGGUCCACCAAGGAGGUUAGCGAGAGUUCAGUCUUGAAGAGCUCCACCAGCAGCAAGCAGUCGAAGUCGUCGUCCAAGAAGGAGGUGUACGAUGUGAAGACCAAAACCUGGACGGAGUACAGCGAUGGCAGUUCUCAAGGACCGAGUAAGACCCGGCCGACCUUUGAGCGGUAUGUCAGCAAGGAAUCCGAUGGCACCUCCAAAGUAACGUACAAGAAGAAGAUAUACGACAGACGCAACAAUCGGUGGCGCGUGGUGGACGAACGGACGGUGGACAGCACCGCCGACACGGGCUAUCCCGAAAUAGUCGAUGAUGUCAUUAACACAACAAGAACCACAUACACCACCAAGGUGUACGACACGAAGCUCGGCAAGUGGACUGUUGUGGACGAGAAGUCGUUCACUGAUACGAAAGCUUUUGUGCCCAAUGACAUUGCUCGUGAAAUCGAGAAAGAUAAUACCGAUGUUGCAAACAUAACGACUACAACGGAGGUGACGAAGAUUUUCGAUGCGAGCAUCAACGACUGGCGCGUUCUGGACGAGAAGGUGCACACGGAUGUGAUUGAGAAGAUCGUUGAGGCUCCCAAGAAGACCAUUUACGUGGACGAGUUUGUGGAGAUUGAGAAGAACACCUCGAUAUCGGAGAACAACGAAAACAUAACCCUGAACUUGAAGGAGACAUCGAAACACAAAAAUAUUACCGAAAAUAUUUAUGAUGAAAUCGAUUAUGUGCGCACUGAUAAGCAACGCCUAAACGACUCAAGAACCCGAGGAGUUGCAAAAAACAAGUCAACAACACAUAGUGAAAGAUGCAUUUGUGAAAUCUGCACAUGCGGGCGGCACCAUUGCUCAAGCAGUACAACGAAGUCUACAGAAAAUACGGUUAUUCAAACCGAAGUUUCCACAGAUAACGUUGACGAAGCAUAUACAAGGAUACGUACAAAUACAUGGUCGAAAGAAGAUAACAUUCCCAAGCAAAACGAAGACAUUCUAGUGGACUAUAUAGUCAUUAAGAAACCAGAAGACAACUUAAGACCUGAGGGAGACUUUAUAGUUCCUCCAAAGGAGCCAUACAAGCCGGGGGAAAAGCGUGAAAAGAUUGUGCAUACCGACAACCUCCGUACAGAAGGAGAAAUGACUUUUGUAGAGAAGGAGGAAUACCAAUAUACAGUUCGUCCGGGAUACGUUAAGCCUACGGACAAUCUAAGGCCCGAAGGCGAGUUUUACAGUCCGGAUAAACCUAAGUAUCAACCAGGAGAUCGGCCAUCUCAAGUGCGACACCAAGACAAUCUAAAACCAGAAGGCGAAUUUUACACGCCUGAGAAACCAGGAUACGCUCCAGCCGAUCGUCCCACACAAAAAAGGCCGGUUGAUAACCUUAAGCCGGAGGGAGAAUUUGUCUCACCAGAAAAACCCAAAUACACCCCUGCCGAAAGACCUGAAAAAAUAAUAAGAAGUGAUAACUUAAGAACUGAAGGGGAAAUGACAUUCGUGGAGAAAGAGGAAUAUCAAUAUGUUACACGACCGGGACAAGUCAAGCCAACGGAUAACUUAAGACCAGAGGGUUCAUUUUAUAGUCCUGAAAAGGCAAAGUAUCGCCCUGGCGAACGUCCAUCUCAAGUGCGUCCAGUUGAUAAUCUUAAACCAGAAGGUGACUUUUAUACACCCGAAAGACCAGGAUUUGAAUCUGCAGAAAGGCCAGCUCAAAAAAAACCGGAGGACAACCUUAAGCCAGACGGGGAAUUCGUAAGGCCAGAGAAACAAGUUUACAAACCGGCCGAUAAAACAGAAAGAAUUAUUCGGACAGAUAAUCUUCGUACGGAAGGAGAAAUGACGUUUGUAGAGAGGGAAGAAUAUCAAUAUGUGGUACGUCCUGACCAAGUAAAACCUUUGGACAAUCUUAAGCCUGAGGGAGAAUUUUACAGUCCUGAGAAACCUAAAUACAAGCCAGGUGAGAGACCUUCCCAGGUUAGGCCAGAAGACAAUCUCAGACCAGAAGGUGAAUUCUACACACCGGAAAAGCCAGGAUUCCGGCCAGCUGAGAGGCCAGAGCAAAAGAAACCAGAGGAUAAUCUUAAACCCGAGGGCGAAUUCUACAGUCCAGAGAAACCCAAGUACAAGCCCGGCGAAAGACCUUCCCAGGUUAGGCCAGAAGAUAAUCUGAGGCCAGAGGGUGAAUUCUUCACACCGGAAAAGCCUGGAUUCAGGCCUGCUGAAAGACCAGUACAGAAAAAACCACAGGACAACUUAAAGCCAGAAGGUGAAUUCGUGAAGCCUGAGAAGCAAGUAUACAAGCCGGCCGAUAAAACUGAAAGAAUUAUACGGAAAGAUAAUCUUCGUACGGAAGGAGAAAUGACGUUUGUAGAGAGGGAAGAAUAUCAAUAUGUGGUUCGACCUGACCAGGUUAAACCAUCGGACAAUCUUAAGCCUGAGGGAGAAUUCUACAGUCCGGAGAAACCUAAAUACAAGCCAGGUGAAAGACCUUCCCAGGUUAGGCCAGAAGACAAUCUCAGACCAGAAGGUGAAUUCUACACACCGGAAAAGCCAGGAUUCAGGCCUGCUGAGAGGCCCGAACAAAAGAAACCACAGGACAACCUGAAACCCGAGGGCGAAUUCUACAGUCCCGAGAAACCCAAGUACAAGCCCGGCGAAAGACCUUCCCAGGUUAGGCCAGAAGAUAAUCUGAGACCAGAGGGUGAAUUCUACACACCGGAAAAACCUGGAUUCAGGCCAGCUGAAAGACCAGUACAGAAAAAACCACAGGACAACUUAAAGCCGGAAGGUGAAUUCGUGAAGCCUGAGAAGCAAGUUUACAAGCCGGCCGAUAAAACUGAAAGAAUUAUUCGGAAAGAUAAUCUUCGUACGGAAGGAGAAAUGACGUUUGUAGAGAGGGAAGAAUAUCAAUAUGUGGUUCGACCUGACCAGGUUAAACCAUCGGACAAUCUUAAGCCUGAGGGAGAAUUCUACAGUCCGGAGAAACCUAAAUACAAGCCAGGUGAAAGACCUUCCCAGGUUAGGCCAGAAGAUAAUCUGAGGCCAGAGGGUGAAUUCUACACACCGGAAAAGCCUGGAUUCCGGCCAGCUGAGAGGCCAGAGCAAAAGAAACCAGAGGACAACCUGAAACCCGAGGGCGAAUUCUACAGUCCAGAGAAACCCAAGUACAAGCCCGGCGAAAGACCUUCCCAGGUUAGGCCUGAAGAUAAUCUGAGGCCCGAGGGUGAAUUCUACACACCGGAAAAGCCAGGAUUCCGGCCAGCUGAGAGGCCAGAGCAAAAGAAACCACAGGACAACCUGAAACCCGAGGGCGAAUUCUACAGUCCAGAGAAACCCAAGUACAAGCCCGGCGAAAGACCUUCCCAGGUGAGGCCAGAAGAUAAUCUGAGGCCAGAGGGUGAAUUCUACACACCGGAAAAGCCUGGAUUCCGGCCAGCUGAGAGGCCAGAGCAAAAGAAACCAGAGGACAACCUGAAACCCGAGGGCGAAUUCUACAGUCCAGAGAAACCCAAGUACAAGCCCGGCGAAAGACCUUCCCAGGUUAGGCCAGAAGAUAAUCUGAGGCCCGAGGGUGAAUUCUACACACCGGAAAAGCCUGGAUUCCGGCCAGCUGAGAGACCAGAGCAAAAGAAACCACAGGACAACCUGAAACCCGAGGGCGAAUUCUACAGUCCAGAGAAACCCAAGUACAAGCCCGGCGAAAGACCUUCCCAGGUUAGGCCAGAAGAUAAUCUGAGGCCAGAGGGUGAAUUCUACACACCGGAAAAGCCUGGAUUCAGGCCAGCUGAAAGACCAGUACAGAAAAAACCACAGGACAACUUAAAGCCGGAAGGUGAAUUCGUGAAGCCUGAGAAGCAAGUUUACAAGCCGGCCGAUAAAACUGAAAGAAUUAUUCGGAAAGAUAAUCUUCGUACGGAAGGAGAAAUGACGUUUGUAGAGAGGGAAGAAUAUCAAUAUGUGGUUCGUCCUGACCAGGUUAAACCUUUGGACAAUCUUAAGCCUGAGGGAGAAUUUUACAGUCCUGAGAAACCUAAAUACAAGCCAGGUGAGAGACCUUCCCAGGUUAGGCCAGAAGACAAUCUCAGACCAGAAGGUGAAUUCUACACACCGGAAAAGCCAGGAUUCAGGCCUGCUGAGAGGCCCGAACAAAAGAAACCACAGGACAACCUGAAACCCGAGGGCGAAUUCUACAGUCCCGAGAAACCCAAGUACAAGCCCGGCGAAAGACCUUCCCAGGUUAGGCCAGAAGAUAAUCUGAGACCAGAGGGUGAAUUCUACACACCGGAAAAACCUGGAUUCAGGCCAGCUGAAAGACCAGUACAGAAAAAACCACAGGACAACUUAAAGCCGGAAGGUGAAUUCGUGAAGCCUGAGAAGCAAGUUUACAAGCCGGCCGAUAAAACUGAAAGAAUUAUUCGGAAAGAUAAUCUUCGUACGGAAGGAGAAAUGACGUUUGUAGAGAGGGAAGAAUAUCAAUAUGUGGUUCGACCUGACCAGGUUAAACCAUCGGACAAUCUUAAGCCUGAGGGAGAAUUCUACAGUCCGGAGAAACCUAAAUACAAGCCAGGUGAAAGACCUUCCCAGGUUAGGCCAGAAGACAAUCUCAGACCAGAAGGUGAAUUCUACACACCGGAAAAGCCAGGAUUCAGGCCUGCUGAGAGGCCCGAACAAAAGAAACCAGAGGACAACCUGAAACCCGAGGGCGAAUUCUACAGUCCAGAGAAACCCAAGUACAAGCCCGGCGAAAGACCUUCCCAGGUUAGGCCAGAAGAUAAUCUGAGGCCAGAGGGUGAAUUCUACACACCGGAAAAUCCUGGAUUCCGGCCAGCUGAGAGGCCAGAGCAAAAGAAACCACAGGACAACCUGAAACCCGAGGGCGAAUUCUACAGUCCAGAGAAACCCAAGUACAAGCCCGGCGAAAGACCUUCCCAGGUUAGGCCAGAAGAUAAUCUGAGGCCAGAGGGUGAAUUCUACACACCGGAAAAGCCUGGAUUCCGGCCAGCUGAGAGGCCAGAGCAAAAGAAACCAGAGGACAACCUGAAACCCGAGGGCGAAUUCUACAGUCCAGAGAAACCCAAGUACAAGCCCGGCGAAAGACCUUCCCAGGUUAGGCCAGAAGAUAAUCUGAGGCCCGAGGGUGAAUUCUACACACCGGAAAAGCCUGGAUUCCGGCCAGCUGAGAGGCCAGAGCAAAAGAAACCACAGGACAACCUGAAACCCGAGGGCGAAUUCUACAGUCCAGAGAAACCCAAGUACAAGCCCGGCGAAAGACCUUCCCAGGUUAGGCCAGAAGAUAAUCUGAGGCCAGAGGGUGAAUUCUACACACCGGAAAAGCCUGGAUUCAGGCCAGCUGAAAGACCAGUACAGAAAAAACCACAGGACAACUUAAAGCCGGAAGGUGAAUUCGUGAAGCCUGAGAAGCAAGUUUACAAGCCGGCCGAUAAAACUGAAAGAAUUAUUCGGAAAGAUAAUCUUCGUACGGAAGGAGAAAUGACGUUUGUAGAGAGGGAAGAAUAUCAAUAUGUGGUUCGACCUGACCAGGUUAAACCAUCAGACAAUCUUAAGCCUGAGGGAGAAUUCUACAGUCCGGAGAAACCUAAAUACAAGCCAGGUGAGAGACCUUCCCAGGUUAGGCCAGAAGACAAUCUCAGACCAGAAGGUGAAUUCUACACACCGGAAAAGCCAGGAUUCAGGCCUGCUGAGAGGCCCGAACAAAAGAAACCACAGGACAACCUGAAACCCGAGGGCGAAUUCUACAGUCCCGAGAAACCCAAGUACAAGCCCGGCGAAAGACCUUCCCAGGUUAGGCCAGAAGAUAAUCUGAGGCCAGAGGGUGAAUUCUACACACCGGAAAAGCCUGGAUUCCGGCCAGCUGAGAGGCCAGAGCAAAAGAAACCAGAGGACAACCUGAAACCCGAGGGCGAAUUCUACAGUCCAGAGAAACCCAAGUACAAGCCCGGCGAAAGACCUUCCCAGGUUAGACCAGAAGAUAAUCUGAGGCCCGAGGGUGAAUUCUACACACCGGAAAAGCCUGGAUUCCGGCCAGCUGAGAGGCCAGAGCAAAAGAAACCACAGGACAACCUGAAACCCGAGGGCGAAUUCUACAGUCCAGAGAAACUCAAGUACACGCCCGGCGAAAGACCUUCCCAGGUUAGGCCAGAAGAUAAUCUGAGGCCAGAGGGUGAAUUCUACACACCGGAUAAGCCUGGAUUCAGGCCAGCUGAAAGACCAGUACAGAAAAAACCACAGGACAACUUAAAGCCGGAAGGUGAAUUCGUGAAGCCUGAGAAGCAAGUUUACAAGCCGGCCGAUAAAACUGAAAGAAUUAUUCGGAAAGAUAAUCUUCGUACGGAAGGAGAAAUUACGUUUGUAGAGAGGGAAGAAUAUCAAUAUGUGGUUCGUCCUGACCAGGUUAAACCUUUGGACAAUCUUAAGCCUGAGGGAGAAUUUUACAGUCCUGAGAAACCUAAAUACAAGCCAGGUGAGAGACCUUCCCAGGUUAGGCCAGAAGACAAUCUCAGACCAGAAGGUGAAUUCUACACACCGGAAAAGCCAGGAUUCAGGCCUGCUGAGAGGCCCGAACAAAAGAAACCACAGGACAACCUGAAACCCGAGGGCGAAUUCUACAGUCCAGAGAAACCCAAGUACAAGCCCGGCGAAAGACCUUCCCAGGUUAGGCCAGAAGAUAAUCUGAGACCAGAGGGUGAAUUCUACACACCGGAAAAGCCUGGAUUCAGGCCAGCUGAAAGACCAGUACAGAAAAAACCACAGGACAACUUAAAGCCGGAAGGUGAAUUCGUGAAGCCUGAGAAGCAAGUUUACAAGCCGGCCGAUAAAACUGAAAGAAUUAUUCGGAAAGAUAAUCUUCGUACGGAAGGAGAAAUGACGUUUGUAGAGAGGGAAGAAUAUCAAUAUGUGGUUCGACCUGACCAGGUUAAACCUUCGGACAAUCUUAAGCCUGAGGGAGAAUUCUACAGUCCCGAGAAACCUAAAUACAAGCCAGGUGAGAGACCUUCCCAGGUUAGGCCAGAAGACAAUCUCAGACCAGAAGGUGAAUUCUACACACCGGAAAAGCCAGGAUUCAGGCCUGCUGAGAGGCCCGAACAAAAGAAACCACAGGACAACCUGAAACCCGAGGGCGAAUUCUACAGUCCAGAGAGACCCAAGUACAAGCCCGGCGAAAGACCUUCCCAGGUUAGGCCAGAAGAUAAUCUGAGGCCCGAGGGUGAAUUCUACACACCGGAAAAGCCUGGAUUCCGGCCAGCUGAGAGGCCAGAGCAAAAGAAACCACAGGACAACCUGAAACCCGAGGGCGAAUUCUACAGUCCAGAGAAACCCAAGUACAAGCCCGGCGAAAGACCUUCCCAGGUUAGGCCAGAAGAUAAUCUGAGGCCAGAGGGUGAAUUCUACACACCGGAAAAGCCUGGAUUCCGGCCAGCUGAGAGGCCAGAGCAAAAGAAACCAGAGGACAACCUGAAACCCGAGGGCGAAUUCUACAGUCCAGAGAAACCCAAGUACAAGCCCGGCGAAAGACCUUCCCAGGUUAGGCCAGAAGAUAAUCUGAGGCCAGAGGGUGAAUUCUACACACCGGAUAAGCCUGGAUUCAGGCCAGCUGAAAGACCAGUACAGAAAAAACCACAGGACAACUUAAAGCCGGAAGGUGAAUUCGUGAAGCCUGAGAAGCAAGUAUACAAGCCGGCCGAUAAAACUGAAAGAAUUAUUCGGAAAGAUAAUCUUCGUACGGAAGGAGAAAUGACGUUUGUAGAGAGGGAAGAAUAUCAAUAUGUGGUUCGACCUGACCAGGUUAAACCUUCGGACAAUCUUAAGCCUGAGGGAGAAUUCUACAGUCCCGAGAAACCUAAAUACAAGCCAGGUGAGAGACCUUCUCAGGUUAGGCAUGAAGACAAUCUCAGACCAGAAGGUGAAUUCUACACGCCGGAAAAACCAGGAUUCAGACCUGCUGAAAGACCAGUACAGAAAAAGCCAGAUGACAACUUAAGGCCGGAAGGAGACUUUUACAGUCCAGAAAAGCAACCUUACAGGCCUGGAGAACGUCCAACGCAAGUUCGACCUGAGGAUAACUUGAGACCCGAAGGGAGAUUCUUUGCUCCUGAAAAGCCAGGAUAUAAGGCAGGAGAUCGACCGGUACCUAAGAAACCUGUUGAUAAUCUAAAGACUGAAGGCGAAUUCUUUACUCCCGAUCGACCAAAAUAUCAACCAGCCGAUCGAGUAACUGUUGUAAGGCAGAAAGAUAACUUGAAGGUGGAAGGAGAAUUCUACGUUCAAGAAAAAGAGGUCUUUAAACCAGCUGAAAGGCCUAAACAGACAAAACCUCAUGAUAACUUAAAGCCAGAGGGCGAUAUGGUUAUACCAGAAAAGGACAAAUAUAAGCCUGCCGAUAAGGUGACAAGAGUUAUUCAUAAGGACAACCUGCGUAGUGAAGGAGAAAUGACUUUCACGGAAAAAACUGAGUACCAUCAUGUUGUUAGACCCACCCCAGUGAAGCCAGAAGAUAACCUGCGGACCUCUGGUAAACUUUACGUACCUGAAAAGCCCGGUCAUACGAAUGGUGAACGCCCCGAGCCGGUUAAGCCUAAAGACAAUUUGAAACCAGAAGGAAUUAUGUAUACCCCGGAAAAACCAAAAUAUGAGCCCGCUUCCCGUCCAGAGCAGAAGAAGUAUGCCGACAACUUGAAACCAGAGGGUAAGAUGCACAUUCCCGAGAAGGAUGGGUACCGGCCUGCCGAUAAGGUGAAGACGGUUAUUAGAAAAGAUAAUUUAAGAACCGAGGGCGAAAUGACAUUCACCCAGAAGGAAGAAUACCACCAUGUUAAACGACCGGAGCAAGUAAAGCCAAGUGAUAACCUAAAGGUCGAAGGUGAAUUCUAUACUCCCAAUAAAACCUCCUUUACACCCGCUGAGCGACCAAUUCAGAAGAAACCAAAAGACAAUCUUAAGCCGGAAGGAGAAUUUUAUAAGAGAACAGACCGCAGCGAGACCGAUAGCAAGAUAGUUACAGAAACCGUUAAGAGAGAAACUCCAAAACGUCCAGUUGACAAUCUCAAGCUAGAAGGGUCUAUGACGGUAACCAGAAGAAAUGACUACAAAAGUACGGCGAACACAACGGUCGAUAAAGUACAACGUACUCAAAAAAUUAACCACAAUAGUUCAUCUAUUACUUUGGGAAGUGACACCACAAUCCGAAAAACAACAAAUCAGAUGAACUAUGUGUCUGGCAAGGACGCUGUCAAACAAGUCGACUCGAACGGCCAAAAUCCGGUUGACGGUCUCAUUGUUGUAUCUACAACAAAGGUAACUACUGUCAUAGGAGGGCGUCACAAGAAGGAACCGGAAACCGAGUAUGUCAAGAGGCCCGCUAAGAUAAACGUAAUAGAAAAUGUUGCGAAGAAUACUACCACGACAAACAUCGAAAACACUCAAAACAUCCAUAAGGAAUCCACGUCCUUGCAAAGAAAUCAACAGGUCAUAAAGGGUUCUGCUUUAACUACGGAAAGGAUCACGGAUACGGAUGUAUCCAGUACCGCUAUUGAAUCUAAUCGUAGACAUUUAACCGAUAAGAACACUGGCGACAUAACCUCAAGAGUUAUUUCCGGUGGCUCAGUCUCCAAUAACGUAACGGGCGAAACAUCGUCUCGCGUGAUUUCAGGCAGAAAUGUUACUGAGAAUUCGACUUCACGUGUGGUGUCAGGCAGAAACGUAUCCAGUGAUGCAUUUGGCGAAACCACCACUCGUGUUGUAACCGGAAGAUCGGCCUCGAAUAACAUUACCGGCGAUACAACAAGCCGGGUUCUGUCUGGCAGCACAGUUGGACACAACAUCAGCGAAGAUUCAACAUCGCGAACGGUCUCAGGGGGUAGAACUUCUGCCAACAAUAUUGUGACUGGAAGCACAUCCUCGCACAUGACCACUUCAAAGCACUUCCAUCAUCGAAAGAGCGAAUUCUCGUCAGAAGCCGACGUCUCCAACACGGUCUUCCAUCGCAAGAACGUAACCACCGAUUCGAAUACAGCCAAUGGCAGCCUGACGUCCAAUGGCAAGAUGCAGCGCAAGAGCAUACUGAAUCUACACGAGCAGCCCUCGAGCACCACCACCUAUGGUGGGGAGCGUCAGAGUUACAGCAGCAUCCAUCGCCAAAAUCGCGACUCAGACGCAAAUGCUACUUUUUCGAGCGAGCGUCGCACCUGCAACGUGCACAAAGAGAACCGGGAGCACAACGUGAAGAACUCGUCCUCAAUGACCCGCAUUAUUUCUGGUGGAACCAGCGGUUCGAAUGCCGAACGGUCAACGGUGACACGCAGCCAAGUUUCGGGUGGUGGCGGCAUUGAUUUUUCAUCUCAAUCUCAUUCCCACACUGGAAGCCAUACCAGCCGACACCGAGGAAAUCAGCAGGUGUCCAGCUUGGGCGGUGGCAUCGAUUUCCCCUCCUACAGUGCCCAUGGUGGCCAUGGCACCGAGCGUGUGGUCACCCGUCGAGGAAAUCAGUCCUCAAUUAGUCUGGGCAAUGAAAAGUUCACCGGCUCCAGUUUGUACAAGAGCGAAUACAUAACUGCCCCAAAAACGACGUGUGCUGUGCAUAAGAUUAAACAAGGUGCAUUCCAACAUACAAGGAGUACUCAAGAACACAAGUUCUUCAAGACCUCAAACUAACACAGCCCGACUACGAGUAUAUUAUACAUAUCCUUUGCUUUACUAACACAGAAAUCCCAUAUUAAUGAUAGGCUAAGCUUCCAUGACAAUAUACGUUUUAUACAAUAUACAAACCAAUCCGAAAAUGAAUAUUAACAAUAAAGACAACAUUCUUAAAUCGA